AUGGCCUUGAGAACUCUGAGCAGGAAAAGCCUGGCUGGUUUAACCAGAAAUGGCAGAGGAGGCUUAGGCUUCGGGCUCGUCCCAGUCCGUGGCCUAAAGACCUUCACGCUGCCGGACCUGCCCUACGACUAUGGGGCACUUGAGCCCUCCAUUAGCCGCGAGAUCAUGGAGAUCCAUCACCUGAAGCACCACAACACCUACGUCGACAACUUCAACAAGGCUCUCGACAACCUCGAACAGGCAAUGGAUACCGGCGACUCCUCCACCGUCGUCAAGUUGCAGAGCGCCCUUAAAUUCAACGGCGGAGGUCAUAUAAACCACUCUAUUUUCUGGAAAUGUCUGGCCCCGGAUACGGAAGGAGGAGGUGAGCCUCCAAAGGGUUCAUUGGGAUGGGAAGUUGACAAUCAGUUUGGUUCGUUACAAAGUCUGAAACAGAAAAUGAUGGUAGAAGGUUCUGCUUUGCAAGGUUCUGGUUGGGUGUGGCUUGCUCUUGACAAAGAUCAGAAGAAGCUUUCCGUUGAAUGCACAGCUAAUCAGGAUCCACUGAUAGUUAAAGGAGCAAAUUAUGUUCCUCUGCUUGGGAUAGAUGUGUGGGAGCAUGCUUACUACUUGCAGUACAAAAACGUAAGGCCAGACUAUCUGAAGUACAUAUGGGAGGUUGUUAACUGGAAAUAUGCAAGUGAAGUGUACGAGAAAGAGUAUCCUUGAGGCAACACCGUGGUGCCAGCAAAGUUGUAGGUAAGCUACGUUUGCCCAGUUUGUGCAGAAAUAAUACUCUACUGUUUGUUGUUGAUGAUUCCCCAAAACUUGUAAUGAGACUUCUCCUCUUUGGUGAUGCUGUGUAUUAGCUUUUGUGAACUAGGCUUUUUAGGAUAUUCGUCUGUGUAAUAAAUAUUGUGAUACAAAGGAAGUUUGCUUCAAUUGAUGAAGGUGGAGCAAAGUCAUUUUGUAGCUUAUUGUUCUUACUUAGAUUGUUGUGGACGCCUAUGGAUCACUAGGCAAAUUGCUAACUGUCCUCUUUGAUAUGGUUAAGAAUCUCGUACUUCGAUAUUUUAAU